AUGACAGAAAUAACAGUAAGAGCAGUAAUUUUACAUAACAAAGCGGAUAAGGAUGGAGAAAUUAUCGAAUAUACAGAGGAUACAAGUAUGCCCAUCUUUCGUUCUUUCAUUGCAAAAAAGCUUGGUCUAUUCGUUCCAUUAAAUGAAAUCCUCAUAUACGAUCUUAAACAGAAGGAGUUAAAUGACAUGGAAAAUAUCAGACAACAAGAAAUCAUUUACAUAUCCGUACUUGGUGGCAUUAAAGACAAAAUCCCUGGUCCAAGAAAACUCCCUUUUAUAGGAAACAUUUAUGAUCUUUUACCAAACCUUAUCGAAGGCUUAAAGGUUCUCUUUGACAAUUAUGGGCCCCUCAUUGAUAUUUCUUUGUUUGAGACUCGAAUGAUUUCCACAAAUGAUCCAGUGAUUGCAGAAGCAUUUGCCAAAGAAUCCGAAUUUAUCACCAAGAUUAUCUCAGGAGGCUUACAAGAGAUCAAAGAAUUUGCUGGAAGUGGCCUAUUUACUUCCAAUACAUCUGACCCUGACUGGCAGUUGGCUCACAAACUUUUAAUGCCUGCAUUCAGUCCUCGUGCAAUUAAAGCUUAUCAACGCGAAAUGGCUGUGAUAGCACAACAGACGAUCAAGGUGUUCGAAUCAUUCUCUCCAGAAGAGCCUGUAGAGAUCUUAAAGUGGACUACAAACCUGACAUUUGAAACAAUUGGUAAAGUUGGCUUUGGUUAUGAUUUCCAUCUACUCGACAGUCGAGACACACCACAACAUCCAUUCAUCAUUGCCAUGAACUACUGCUUAAAACAAGCUUUUACGCGCUUCAAACAGCCUCGCUUUAUAAAAAGUCUUCCUUUGGAAAUGAACUAUCGCUUUGAUCGAGAGCUUAAGCUGAUGCACAGAAUUGUUGAUGAGGUUGUUCUAGAAAGAAAAAAUAGCCCAGAUGCCAAAAACUCGGAAAAGGAUCUGCUAGGUUUUAUGCUGAACGCUCGUGAUGAACACAACUUGGGCUUAAGUGAUGAAAAUAUUAGAGACCAGAUCGUUACGUUCUUGAUCGCUGGCCAUGAAACAACAUCUGCUACACUUGCCUUCACGCUCUACGAGUUUGCAAGAAAUCCUAGUAUUCAACAAAAGGUUCUGCAAGAAAUCGCUGAUGCUGGUAUCACGCAUGAUAAGAUUCCGUCUUCAGAACAAAUCAACAAGCUUCGCUAUCUUCGACAGUGCAUGAAGGAAACGCUGAGACUAUACACGCCAGUACAGGUCAUCAACAAAACCUGUGUCAAAGACUGCGUCGUCUCUGGGGGUUAUCUUAUCAAAGGAGGAACGACUGUGAAUGUGACUUCUCAGGCAAUGCAUUGGAAUCCAAAGGUAUACCCAGAGCCCUACAAGUAUGAUCCUGAUCGAUGGUCUCCAGAAGAAGAACAGAAGCGAUCUCGUUUUGCUUGGUUACCUUUCAGCAAUGGUCCUCGUGCUUGUAUAGGUAUGGCUUUUGCCAUUCAAGAAUUUUUAACUGUGCUUUCUAUGCUACUUUCUCGAUUUGAAUUUAAAUACGACGGACCACCUAUUCAGAGAGAUUCAGCUAGUCCUACAGCGCGCCCUCUUAACUUUUUUGUCCAUAUUCAUCCUAGAACCAAUAUGCCAAAGCCUUCUAACGCUAAUGAGAGCGGAGAGACUAUACCAACUCAAAGGACAGCAGAGCCUGUCAUUGAUAUGACUCGUCCUAUGUCGGCAAACAUUAGACCAUUACCCCCUAUCACCUUUCUCUAUGGCACCCAAACUGCUACAUCUCAAGAUUACGCAGAUCAAUUGGCAAAGCAGGCAGCAAAUUUUGGAUUUUCCGAUAUAACUGUGAGUACUAUGGAUAAAUGGAAGGUGCUAAAGGAAGGAAAAUAUAAUGGAUCAAAGGAUAAACACUCCGAUGGGGAGCUCUUGGUUGUUUGUACAGCUACUUACAAUGGAUUGCCUCCAGAUUCUGCUGAACAAUUUGAUUUGUUCCUUAACACUGCCUCUGAAAGAAAUAACAAGACAGUCUUGGAAGGACUUCUCUAUACUGUGUUUGGCUGUGGAAAUAAACAGUGGCGAACGUAUCAACAGUUUCCUAUAAAAAUUGACAAGACUCUUGAAGAACUUGGCGCAGAGAGAUUCUUCCCUGCCGGUCAAGGCGAUGCUGAUAAAGACAUUGAUUCUGAUUUCCAAGAUUGGGCAAAACACUUCUGGAUGCACACUUUACAAUACUAUAGUAUCAAGCCCAAUCCUGAGAGCCAUAUGGUUCCUUUUACUUCAAUGCAAGGCCAAUCAGAUAUCCAUGUAGAAAUUAAAUAUGUUGAGGAUGUCCCUGAAAGUCAAAGCAGGCCUGUAUCCGCAAAUGCAACCAUUCUGACCCGACGCGAGCUACAGUCAUCGGAUGCAGGCAGAAGCACUUGUCAUAUUGAAAUUGACGUAUCCAAGCUUCCUCCCGUGGAUUCUGAAGCACUGUACAGACCUGGUGAUCAUUUAGAAAUACUACCUGCAAAUAGUCCAUCACUCGUCUCUCGUAUUGCAGAAAGCUUUGGCUUCGACUUGGAUGCCGUGUUUGAAAUUGUACCAGAGUCUCUCAAGGGUGUUUCUCCUCGCUCGCUAGCAGCAGAAAUCCGUGGCCGAUCUUCUGUCAGGGACGCGCUGACCUACUACGCAGACUUGCUCUCGCCUCCCUCUCGCAGUUUGCUCUUUGUGUUUGAACAAGCGCUGCGCCAAGUAGAUCCUGACUCUGGUUCUCAAUUUUACAAACUAGCUAUACUUGGAGACGACAACCGUGAUCAAUAUGGAGAGUUCAUCGCAACAUGUCGCACAAUAGCUGACCUAGGCGACCAAUUCCCUCAAGUUAAAAAGCUCGAUUUUGCCUCUUUCUUGGGCACUGUGCAUGUAAUGCAAACACGUCGAUACUCCAUCUCCUCCUCAUCGCGUGUCCAUGGUUAUAACGCGACAAUCACAGUAGGUGUAGUGGAUGAUGUUGUGAACGAUAAACACUAUCCUGGCCUGGCCUCAUCAUACCUCUCUCAAGCUCCUACAGGAUCUUCCAUUUCUGCUUCGUUUAGAUCCUCAAGCGGUAUCUUUAGCUUACCUGAUGAUCCACGUAUACCUCUUAUUUUGGUUGCAGCAGGAACAGGCAUUGCUCCAUUCAUGGGCUUCUUACAAGAACGAUCGCUUCAACCUAACGCUGCUCCUUCUACCCUCUUCUUUGGAUGCCGACACCCUGAACAUGAUCAUAUCUACAAAAAGGAACUGGACGAAUUCUUACACAAGGGUGUCCUUUCAGAUGUGCAUGUUGCCUUUUCUAGACUCAACCCAGAAUCUAGCGUAAAAUACGUACAGCAUGAAAUUCUCCAACACGAUGCUGCCCUUUGGGAACUGCUCCAGAACGGUCCAUCCAAAUUAGGUGCCCAUGUUUAUGUGUGUGGUGCUGGCGCAAUGAGUAAAGAGGUUCGAAAGGCAUUCGGUGCCAUUGCUGUCAAGUUUGGCGAAAAGGACGCUGAUGGAUUCAUAGACAGAUUGAUCGAAGAGAAGAGAUACAAAGAAGAUGUAUGGGGUUAA